CACCUCUCCUCCCAUCACCAUUCAUCUCACUUUCCAACACUAAACCAUCAACCUACGAGUACACCAGCACCAGCAACCAUGUACUCCCUCUCCCUUCUCCUCCUUCCCCUUCUAACAGCCUCAACGGCUCUCCCACACCCACCUCCCCAAACCAACUCCCCCGACCUCACCCCCCUCCCCCUCAUAAUCUGGCACGGCCUAGGUGACAGCUACCAAAGCACCGGCCUGUCCGAAAUCGCCUCCCUCGCCGCCUCUACAAACCCCGAUACUUACAUUCACAUAAUUCAUCUCUCGGACUCCAGCACAGGCGACCGCCAAGCCUCUUUCCUCGGCAACGUGACCGAGCAAGUCGAUGCCGUCUGCGAACAACUAGCCUCUGAGCCAAUCGUUGGUACUGCGCCGGCGAUUAACGCGUUGGGAUUCUCGCAGGGAGGGCAGUUUCUGCGCGCGUAUGUGGAGCGGUGUAAUAAUCCGCCUGUGCGGAAUUUGGUCACCGUGGGGAGCCAGCAUAAUGGGAUCUCGGAGUUCCAGGAGUGUAUGUCGAUGGAUUUGAUAUGUAAGGGUGCAGAGGCGCUGUUGCAUGCUGGUGUGUGGUCAGAUUUCGUGCAGGGGCGGUUCGUGCCUGCGCAGUACUUCCGGGAUCCGAAGGAUGAGGAGUCUCUAUCUGAAUAUCUGGAGAGCAGCAAUUUCCUCGCUGAUAUUAACAACGAGCGCGAAGAUUCGCGGAAUGAGACGUAUAAGGAUAAUAUGAAGAGGUUGAAUAAAUUCGCGAUGAUCAUGUUUGAGGAUGAUAGCAUUGCGCAUCCGAAGGAGAGUGCGUGGUUUGCGGAGGUGAAUGAGACGACUGGGGAGGUGACACCGUUGAAGGAGAGGGAUAUUUAUAAGGAAGAUUGGCUUGGAUUGAAAGAGUUGGAUAAGCAGGGGAAGUUGCAGUUUUUGGCGCUGCCGGGGGAUCAUUUGCAAAUGGAUGAUGAGCAAUUGGUGACGCUGUUUAAGGACUACUUUGGGCCUGUGGAGGUGGAUCUGCCUGAUAUGUUGCCUGCGAAGGGUGCUGAGAAGGUGCUUGUUCAGCAGUACUAAUUUGUUCCAUUUGUUGACCUGGAUCAAGAUUGAUUGAUUGCUCUAGCUUUGAUUUACGUAUAGCAUAGCUUAAUACCCACGACACACGAUAAUCAGAUAAAUCCAUAUUAUUUACACUCAGCUGAGCUUGCAUUUACCUAAAUACAUUUAACUAUCAA